GUAAAUACCACCUUCCCACUUGGUUGGAACGCAGCAUUAGCCACUUGACAUCCUGGUCAAAACAUUUGGAUGACGUUUCAUAUCCGUGUGGACAGAGAAAAUGGCGGAAGUGGAGAAGACAAGUAAACUUAUGUUUGCAGGUCUGUCAGAUGUGUCCAUUUCAGGGGACAUUCCUGUUGAGGGGGAGAUCAAUGUCCCUGUUGGAACACCGAGUCAGGACAAAGAAUACUCCACACUGGAUGAACCUGUCAAAGACACAAUAUUGCGAGAUCUGAAAGCAGUGGGGGAAAAGUUUGUUCAUGUGAUGUAUCCCAAGAAGAGUUCAGCGCUACUGAGAGACUGGGACUUGUGGGGACCAUUAUUGCUCUGCGUGACACUGGCUCUGAUGCUGCAGGGGGGUUCAGUUGACAGUAAGGAUGACGGAGGGCCCCAGUUUGCAGAGGUGUUUGUGAUCAUCUGGUUUGGAUCUGUCAUCAUCACACUGAACUCGAAGCUGUUGGGAGGCACCAUAUCUUUUUUCCAGAGCCUGUGUGUGCUAGGCUACUGCAUCAUGCCUCUGACCGUGGCAAUGGUUGUCUGUAGGCUAGUGCUGCUGGGUGGGUCUUGGGGGUUCAGCUUUAUCGUCCGACUAAUUGUGGUCACAGCAUCAUUCAGUUGGUCCACGUUUGCCUCUACAGCUUUCUUAGCAGAUUGCCAGCCUCCCAAUCGCAAAGCUUUGGUGGUGUAUCCCGUCUUCCUUUUUUAUUUCGUCAUUGGAUGGAUGAUUUUCACAUUCUCACCGUCUGCGUAACAGUGGACUUAUCUCUCAACUGAACUUAUCCCAAUCCUUUUGGAAUAAAAGGAUACAAAUCAACACCUUGCCAUUUGUGAAAGCUGAGUGGAGUGUUGGGAGUACUUUUGAUGGAAAACUUAUAUUUCUUUGGAGCAACAAGGAAAAUGGUGAGAUAUUAACCAUAGUGCACAAUGCUUUGCCUCUUUCUCUUUUUGUGGCUCUAUUAUUGCUAAGCUUAGCUAAGAACUACAGUGGAGUACAGUGGACAAAAGAGUCAAAGUGAGUCCCUAUAAGGAUGUCAGAAAAGCCUAUCUGCUUGAUUAAACAAGCUCUCUGUGUCUCACAUGAAGAGAUUACUUAUCUCAAUUGUUUCCUGCCUUGUAAAUUAUCUUACAAUGCCAACUAAGGUUCCUACACUAAGCACAUUCCCCACUGUAAUGCUAAUAAUUCAUCAUAACAUGUAGACUAGCAGGAAUAAAGGGGACCAUGCGAUCUACAUUGUAUGUGUCAUGGUCUAUUGCCAUUUACUUAUGAAUAUGUGAUGCCAGUAUGUAUACAGUACACUGCCUCACUACAUCCUACUGCAUAUGCCCUAUCACUCAAACACUGCUUGGAAACAGGUUUCUGUUUUAUUUAGGAAUACAUAAAACAUUUUCAAGUAGUAUUAUCUUAUUCAGAAGGUAGGACUUGAUUAUCCACGGAUAGUAAGUGGCAGUGUUGCUCGAUUUUGAUAUGCGCAACCUAAAAAGUAUGUAGGUGGCUGUAGUUUACAUUUUCACAUUUUUACUUUCACAAAGUUAUGUUAAAAUAUAUCUAUACAUUUCUGGUUCUCUCUCAAUAUUUGAAUGUCAUUCUAUUUAAACAGAAAUGCUGUGGGGAAAAAAACAAUGGCACCCUCCAAAACUUGACUCAUUUCUAUUUGUUUCUAUAAUUGUGUUUUUAUUUCAAUGUUGUAAUACGGUACAAAAUCAGGGAUUCCUGUCUUAAAGACAUUGAUGGAAUCAGAAGCUAAAUGGGGAAUGAUGGUGGAAUAAGAGUCCUUGGUAUACAAAUUUCUUCAGUCACUAGCGAUAUAGCUCCAAUAUUAUGCAAGAACUCUGGACUACACCAGCAGCAGUUAAACUGAAAAGUAUAUUUUGAUUAGUUUGAUAGCCUGUCAGAAGCCUCUGAUUGUUAUGGGUUAGUUUGCCAACAUAUGUGUAGCUCCUGACUGUUGACUCAAGGCGUGUGUGAAGAGAAAUCAUUUAUUGGGAGUAUAACCUGCCCUGAAACCUCUUAAGUUUGUACUCUGUUUAAAUAAAGCCCCUCUAGAGAUUU